CUCGAGAUUGUCAUCUCACAUUACAUUCUGCCUUCAAGAACUGAACCAUGAGCUCCCUGAUUGGAAUUCUCAGCCUCCUCUCGGCUCUUGUAGCGACAAGUUACGCUCUUUCGUGUACACAGUGUAUGUCUAAUGAAGCGACAUGCUCCGGUACCAGCACGACCUGUCCUUCAGGAAAUCAGUGUGGAUCUACAUACACAGAAACCACUAUUGCUGGAGCGAAGUCUAUAUCUUUGACCAGAUCAUGCGCACUUUCAUCUCAAUGUGGCAUAAAUGGCAGUGUGGGCCUACAACAAGGACAUAUCAGGAUGAGCACUUCAUGCUGCAACACUGACAACUGCGCUCCUGAUCCUCCCACAUAUCCAACAACAAGUUCUACCCCUAAUGGACUGGUCUGCCGAUCCUGCAUCUCCGCUGUCUCUACCUCGUGUAACACCAAUGAUACAGUACAAUGCACAGGGGAUGAGAAUAUGUGUCUUCUUAUGACAACUAAAGUGUCAGGAUCGGUGUCAGCUUCAACAGCCAUUCGAGGGUGCGCAUCAAAGACCAUCUGCGACAUCGGCAGCCUGUCCGCAAGCGCUGGAGGAGUGACAAGCGAUGUUAAGUUUAUCUGCACCAGCGGUGGCCUUAGUGUCCAUAACAUCGUCCUGGCUCCGGCCAUUGUGUGUCUUCUACUGCUGAAACUGUUCUUCUAACAGAUGUUAAGGAUCUUUGGAUGAAUGAAGCCAAUGGAAACAAAAAAUGUGUUCAGUAUAGAAUAUUUGAAACCUUGACUAGAAAAUAUCAAUGUGCACAAGUAAUUUAUAAAUUGUUUUCUGCA